UGCCCAAACUGUAUUUGUGUUUUUAUCCCAGACUUUAAUAUGAAUACUCAAUGAAGUACAUUAAUUUAAAAAAUUAAUUCGAAACGGUGUUACAGCCGCUGUCGCAACAAUUGAAUGCUCCACAAUCUAAUUUCAAGAAAUAAUCUCGGUCUAUAGCAUGGUUCAUAUAAUAUUUAAAAUUUCUUGAGAUUUGUGACAACCUCAGGAUUUACUGCCAAAGGGGCAUGGCAAGAUACCAUAACCCUAAAUACACAUUAAUUUCGACUAAAACAAAGUAAGAAAAUUUUUUGAUACAAUAACAAAAUUAUUGAUUAUGUACGCUUGCUGCCAUGGAUGCAACCUGCGCUGCAAUCCAUGCUUCAGGCCGCCAUCACUGACUCACCGUCAACACGAGAGGCUGCGCAUGAUUGAUGACCAUCGUUGGUUGCAACGUUGCACAAAAAAAAUCUGUUCUCGAUGCACCAAAGAGGAUGACUCUAAACACCUCUGCAGCUGCUCCUGUCGUCGCAAUCAAAAUCUAGUAGAGGCACUCAGCUACCUGUUUCGUUGCCCAAUUUAUUACAUGCUUUCUUCUCUCUUUAAGUUGGCUUACCAGCAGAUCCAACCAAUGAAGCGAUUUGCACGAGAUCGUAAGUGGGAUGUAAUGCUGCAUGUCAAAGCGCCCUACACCGAGUUCAACGAUCUGGAGAUCUACGACAGUAUGUACGACCGCUGUGGCGUUCAUAUUGAUCCCCUCGAUUUCAACAAUAUAUCAAAAGUUGUGCGCAUGAUGUUUCUCAAUUCAAUUUUGUCACUUGAUCAGCGCAAGUGUCUAAUUGGCAUGCUAGAAAGUCUUAACGAGCGAGCCAUUUAUCGUGUAAAUUUGGAACGCCUGUUGGAAACUUUGAAAAAUGUCAGUCUUAAAGAGUUGGUGUGUAGUAUUUUGGAUCAAGAUCGCCAAGCGGCUAGCUUUUAUAAUGCACAAAUGUGCAAAGAAUUAUGUGCUUUAUACCAACGAGUAACUACUACCGAUAAAAACAUGAUUAUAAAGCGCAGGAAAUAUCGUAAACUAAAAAAAUCGGAUAAAGAUUUGGAGUUGUCCAAAAAACCUGUACGGAAAAUGGCCAAUACCCAGCUAUACUGUGUGCGUAAACCAACCGAACCGGAGGGUUCGCCUCGUGCCACAGGUACACCCGGAGUGGGAAACCGUCAUGAUAGAUAUUCGAAGACUGGAGCGUCCAAUACGAAGGUGGGAAAUAUUCCUGGCAUGGGUGUAUCUACACAUCAAGAAAAGGCGCGCAAUCGACUUAACCGUGUUAUUACCCUAAAGACUGCUUCUGAAAAGUCGGAUACUCGACGUUUGUCCCGUGGAUCGCGCAUUACGGGUCUUUCAAGGAGAAGGCAAAAAGCCGAGGUAACCGGUCCUGGAAUGCGAAUGCAGGGUGGGUUGCUUGUUCAUAGUUAUACAUAAUUUUGAUCUUGUAUCUAAUAUAAUUUUUGACAUCAAAAUUAGCAUACAUUUUUAACAGUUUACAAAACUGUAAUCAAUACAUCUAAAAUAAAAAUUAAAGAUAUA